AUGGACGACCUAAACGGUCUGAGCUGGACCUCCAGCUCAUCGAAUGAUACUCGCAAACCCCCGCCGAUGAACACAGGCCUAUUAUUCCCGACCGUUAGGCAGAGUGAUACUUCUGGCCGUUCCACGCCCCUCUCUGGCUCCUCUGGCCCAUCCAAUGCUCCCUCAAAGUCCGCAACGCCGGACAAGGACAGCUUUGCAAACCUUGUCUCCUUCAACUCAUCCAAUGCCAACAAGAACCUUACAUUACUCGAGCAGCAGAAGAAGCUAGAGCAGGAGAGAGCUAGGAAGGAGGCGGAGAACAGAUCGCGUUUCGAAUCGCAAUAUGGAGGGCAAAACACUCAUUUCUGGGAUAGCUUAGAAAAGGGCAGGAGUAAUAACGGGUUUCCCACUUCUGGUACUCCUGCUCAGCAGAGUGUCACAUCGACCGACGAGGACGACCUCCUGGCCGCCUUCAAUGCGUCUGCGCCAGUAGACGCAUCGACGAACUUUCCGGUGCCUAGCCCCAGUCCUUCGCCGCAACAAUUAAGCUCGGUGCAGGCAACACCAAGCAAUGCAGGUCUGCCGCAGCAAACCGAUUCGAUGUCUUUUCCUGAUGACGAUGACCCCUUCGGCCUUAACCAGCUGAAGUCCAAGCCCGCACAACCUCCACGGCCCGCGCAGGCUGAUGAUGACGAUGACUUUCUUGGCUUGCUGGGCAAGCCUGUAUCUGAAAUCCCCCGACCAGAGCCUCCUGCUGCGAAAUCACCUACCCCCGUUGAAAGAGAAAACAACCCGCCGCCCCCUAGGCCGUCUAAUGGAGUGGAUAGGGCAAUUGCAGAGCUUGUUGAUAUGGGCUUCCCUGCAGACAAAUCCAGUCAGGCUUUACGAAUGACACAAUCCGGCACUGAUGUCCAGGCUGCUGUUAGCUUACUACUCACCCAAGCGCAUGAAGAAUCACGCCAAAAGUCGAAAAAUCGACCAACUCCGGAUGAACGGUUCACCGAGCAACCGAGCAGAAGUCGCGAUCGCAGUGAAAGGCCUGGGCGUGACGCACCUUCAUGGAUGCAGCAGGAGCGGUCACGCAGCAAUAAUCGAACCUCUUCGCCGGCAGAGAAGGAUCCGUCACAGCUUGCGGCGACAUUUGGAAACAACCUGCUCAAGACCGCGAACUCUCUGUGGAAGACUGGCAGCAAGAAAAUGCAGCAAGUGGUACAGGAGCUCAAUGCUGAUCACGAUUCAAACCAGCCUCGCUGGUUGAGAGAUGCCGCUUCGCAUGAAGAGCCCCCGUCCCGUGAUCGUUCUCACGGUGCUAGUCAGCCCCAAGCCCGACCUGAAUUAAUGACAGACGAGGCGCUCCUAUUAGAGUCAGGCGGUCCUCCUCGUCCGUCUCGCAAUGCUAUGCGGUCCGCCGACGGGCCUGCAUCUCGUCCAAGCAGCAAUGGUGCUAGACACCAGCCGUCUCCAGCUAGCGAGCGGCGUAUGCAACAACCCGCCUUUAUGCAACAGCAGCCAAGAGCAGAGACUAGAGACCCUAGAUCCCGGUUAACGAAAACAGCUUUGGAGGAGCAGUCAGCGCAAGCAUAUGUCAGUCCUGCGCGAAGAAAACGCCCCGUUGCCCCAUCGCCUGCCGCGGAACCUAAUGUCGACUUGUUUGAGAGUUCUGCGCCAGCGCCUGUCCAGCGGCCGAAGCCCUCACCUGCACCAGCACAACCACCAAGGAGACCAACACCAUCCACCGCUCUACCUUCAAGGCCCAAGGCUCCGCCCCGUGCUGUUCCGCCAGUCGCUCAAGACGUCCUCUCCUCUUUGCAUCGGCAGCGUGAACUAGCAGCCGAGGCCUAUAAGAGGGGCGACUACGCCGCUGCACACGAGGCUUUUACAGCGGCACUCACACCGCUGCCAAACAAGCACCCUAUCACGAUCAUUAUUCGCAGCAAUCGCGCCAUGACUGCGCUGAAAACUGGCGAUCCCAAGGCGGCAAUUAGCGAUGCGGACACUAUGCUGGAGGUCAUCGGUCCUUUGAAGGGAGAAGGCGAGAGCAUCGACCUCCUCAAUGGAGAGCCCACUAAGCCAAUGAAGGAUUUCUUCGGCAAGGCAUUGAUGCGUAAGGCCGAAGCCCUGGAGCAAUUGGAGCGAUGGGCGGACGCCGCUCAGGCGUGGAAGUUGGCCGUGGAGAAUGGCCAUGGUGGCAGCACCAGUAUCCAGGGCCGCAACCGAUGCGAGAAAGCGGCCGGUAUCAACAAACCCGCCCCGAAACCAGCAGCCCCUGCAAGACGUCCUCCUGCCCCCGCUCCGAAGAAGGCCUCUGCUCUAGGUGAUAUUCAGGGCUCUUCAUCUGGCACUUCUUUCGAGGCGGUCAACCGCCUGCGGGAGGCCAACCAAGCAGCAGAGCGUGCAGAUGAAGAGAAGUUCGCGCUCUCCGAAAGUGUAGAUGCACGAUUGGCAGCGUGGAAGAAUGGGAAACAAGACAACCUGCGAGCCCUGUUGGGCAGCUUGGAUACCGUCCUCUGGCCGGAAGCCGGGUGGAAGAAGGUCAACAUGUCCGAACUGAUCAUCCCCAACAAGGUGAAGAUUCAGUACAUGAAGGGAAUAUCCAAGGUACACCCGGACAAGAUCCCCACAAACGCCACCACCGAGCAACGCAUGAUCGCCGGUGCCGUAUUCGGCGCUCUAAACGAUGCAUGGGACAAGUUCAAGAAGGAAAACAACCUUUAG